AUUUAAUUGUUAUCACAGUUUAUAGUAAUUAUAAUCACAUCUCAUUCACACAUAUAUUCAACACUUAUUUAUAACCGCUUUUUAUGCAACACUUUAUGCAAACAUUUAGCGUAUUAUACAACAAAUAAAAGUUUUGUUCAAAAUUCAAAACUUUUAUUACAACUCAAUUGACGUUUGGAUUCAAUUAAGUGAUAAUCAGUGGCAAUGAUAUACUUAGACAACAACGCGACCACUCCGUUGGCCACAGAAGUGUUGGACGCCAUCAGCGCCUCAUUGGCCACCGAUUGGGCCAACCCUUCCUCCAGUUAUAGCGAAGGCAUUGCCGUCAAAGAUGUGAUCGAGAAGUCCAAGCAAUCGGUCGCUCAUAUGAUUAACGCCGACACCACUCACGAGAUUAUCUUCACGUCCGGCGGCACUGAAGCAAACAAUUGGAUCAUAAACUCCUCGGUUAAGCACUUCCUCGAGAACUCGACAUCGGAUCAAAAGCCACACAUAAUCACCACAAACAUAGAGCACCCCUCCAUUCGGGAACCGCUGAAUCGUCUGACACUCGAAGACAGCGCCUCUAUUGAAAUGACAUUCGUGUCCGUCUCCAAGAAGAUCGGUUGCGUCAGCGCUGAUGACAUACUGUCUGCUAUCAGACCCAACACUUGUCUCAUAACUGUAAUGAUGGCCAACAACGAGACGGGAGUUAUUCAGCCGAUCCGCGAGAUUGGCGUCAAUUUGGCGAAGAUCAACGUCCAGAGAGUGACCACCGGUUUGCAGAAAAUAGGCUUUCAUUGCGAUGCGGCGCAGGCUAUAGGCAAGUGUGAGGUCGAUGUCCAUGACCUACACGUCGAUUAUCUCACAAUUUUCUAUGGACCCAGAAUUGGGGCUCUUUAUCGACGAAUUGAUUCACCACUUCUUCCGGUUCUGUUCGGUGGCGGACAGGAGAGGACUCUGAGACCGGGCACUGAGAAUACGCCGAUGAUUGUGGGACUGGCGAAGGCUUCUGAAUUGGUUCACAAGAAUCUCGACAAAUAUAACGAACACUUCGCUAGCCUUCAGACAUAUUUCGAAACUCAAUUGCAUAAGAAAUUCAAAGACUUGGUGUCCAUUAACUGCCAAAACAGUCCGUCCGGUCGCUUACCCAACACCACGAGUCUGGCCUUUCAUAAGCCGUGUCUGAUUGGCUCUAAGAUUCUUGCGCUCACACCUAAUCUGAGGGCCUCUUUGGGUGCUGCCUGUCAUUCAUCUCAAACAAAGGCUGGAAAUCCAUCUAAAGUACUGAUAGCAUCGGGUGUUAGUGUGGAAUUGGCUCAAAGGACAAUACGUCUGAGCACUGGUAGGGACACCACUAAUGACGAUAUCGAUAAAGCCAUCGAUGAGUUGUCUCAUGCCGUCAAUGAGUUAAUGUCUCAACAAAAUGAAUGAAUCUAUAAUUUUUUUCAAACCAAAUACCGGUUCUAAAAAGUUUGUAAAACUUAGUUAAACAAAAUAAGUGAUAAUUAGAUGAAAGUUUAUA